AUGGCUUCUCCUGCUUUCGUGCUGGCCAUUCCCGGCUUUUUCAAGUCAUCACUGGAUUGUUUUCAGUAUGUCCAGUUUGGAAGAGCCUUCCAUCAGGAUUUCGCCUUUUGCGUUGCCAAACUUCAAGCUGCGGAAAUGGAGUUCACGCGAUGGGGGGAGGCUAUGGGCGUUCUGGACGAGAAUGCCGAAGCAGCAUCCAGAUUUCAACAGGGUUCCUGGAAAGAGAGCGAACUCUUGAAGGCUAAAAUAUGGCUUCAGACAAUUCAGGAUGCUUUUGAGACUGCCAGGAGAAAGUCCGAGCAAUUCAGGGGAUUGAACCUGGAUGACGAGGACAAGAAACAGGAUUUGGAGGUCCUAGAUGCAACUCAGGAACUUGAGAAAUCCGACAAGCCUUUGAAAGGACUUAUCGAUGGCAUGCGUACAAUUGUCAUCAAGCGACGCAGAAAACUUCAGGAGACGGGCCGUCAAACGCGAUGGGCGCUAUACCGCAAGACCGACUUCAACAGCCUCAUCGACUCAAUCUGCGAAGCUGUUGAUACCCUUGUCAAGCUGUUUCCAUCGGUCCAGCCUCAACACAAUGCUUUGUGUGCAGAGGAGGCGGGCCGUUUCCAGCCACAGGCGAUGCAACAGCUUUUGGAAGUUCUCGGAAACCAUGAUCAGCUUCUACGCGAUGCCUUGCUGAACAGGGCAAGGGCAGAGGGCCAUACCUUCACCGAUGUGUCAGUGAGCGGUGGAAUGGGUACCAGGUUUGGGGACGAACAUGAAAACAACCUUGACGCCAAGUCGGCAUCAAUGACGUUCACUGGCCUUCGCAUCGAGAAUUCGGAGAACACGAGUGCAGGCCAUAAAUACACCUUCGACAAGGAUGUCGCAUUAGCAAUGCUAAAGAAUCGCGGUUAG